AUGCUGCAGCGGUUUGCUGAACUUAGAGAGGCUGUAACUGCAACACUUCUACUCAGCAACUUCAAAGGUACAUAUCUUGAAGAAAAUGAUUGGAUAAAUAUUCAAGAUUUGCAGUGCGUGCUUAAACCCUUCGAUGAAGUAUCUACGCGCAUGAGUGGAGAAAAAUAUUUCAUGGGUGGAGAAGUGAUUCCAAUUACGCAGGGCCUUUUGGGAACACUAGAUACAUUGGAAUUAAGAGAUGGUCUGCAUGAUGUUGUCAAAGUGGUUUUGAAAAGGCUAAAAAAGGAAACUUCUGAAAGAUUUCGUAAUCUGGAAUUUAGUAGAACGCUUGCGUUAUCGACCUUUUUAGAUCCCCGAUUUAAAAUUUUCAUGUUCCCAUAA